AAGAGCGCUAAGCGAUCAAGAGCACAAUGUAGUGUUUAUAUAAGCAAACUACAACCAGUUUGUAUAGUCGCAUAAGUAACUCCGCGCGUCUUGUUUCCGUGUGGCAGCACACGCGCCAUUGUCCCUUCUCUCUUACCACCAGGGUAAUCCUGGAUCCCUACCCUCUCAUGACAAAAACUCGACGACAGAGUAAACAGCAGCAGAAGGCUGCCGCAGAUUCUGUGGCGGCGGCCGAGUCUGCGUCAGCUGCACCAUCUAGCUCGCAGUCAGUGGCUGCAAUGACAGUAACUAUUCCUGACGACAUUGACAUUGAGUUCUUGUCAAAUCUACUACCUGACGCGAAUUUGGAGUCACCAUCAGCCGAUGAUAUUGCUGCUCUUUACCGCAUCGUCGUAAAUCAGGCUGCCGACUUAGACGCCACCCAAAGAGAAGUCGAAGAAUUGAAAGCCGAGGUGGAGAGGAAGGACGUUGAACUUGAUCAGGCUCUCCAAGACAAAGAGACCGCGACGAAGGAUAUCGAGUCUACACUGGAGUCCACGCAGAAAGAAUUGAGGCAAGUGAAGCAGGAGAAAGACGAGCUCGCUGCUGCGCGAGCUGAACUGCAAACUAAGCUUGCCUCGAUAUCGACAUCCCAGUCUGCAUCGAGUACCGAGGUCGAGACGCUCAGACAUCGCGUCGAGGAUGUCGAGCGCGAGAAACGCGACCUUAUUGGUGUUGUCAGCAGGCUCAAAGAAGAUAGUACCCAAAGAGAUGAGGAGAUCCAUACCCUUCGCUCGAAUUUGAAGCAGGCACGACAAGAGUAUCAGACUUUAGAAGCUCAGGUUAGGGAACUGCGAUCAACGGAUACAUCCAAUAAAUUCAAACUCGAAUCACUCACGCAACAACUUAAACUGGCACGAGAUGAAGUCGACCGCCUCACCGCCGACCUGACCGCAAAGACUGAAGAAUAUGCCAACUACCGCCAUCAGAAACAUGCCGAGCUCUCCCAACUUCAAGCUUCACAUGAUUCCCUCGCUCAAACUCAUACUGCUACAGACAAUACCCUUAAGACGCUCCAGUCUUCACAUGCGUCGCAGUCUCAUCAACUCGCUCAAGCUCAUGCACGUAUCCAGGAACUCCGAGGUGAAUUGGCAGAGAAAGAGGCCACAUACUCAAGCGAGGCGGCAAACCUACGCAGGUUGGUCAAGGCGAUGGACGAGCGUGAGAUACAAGCCAAGGCGAUUGUCGAGAACAUUGAAAAGGAGUGGGCUGUUGUCGGCGAGCGUGCCGAGAGACGCGAGGUUGUUCUUCGAGAGGAGAUCGAUGCACAACGUCAACGCGCUGAAGCUGCUGAGCGGAAAGUUAUCGACCUGCAGAAUGUUCUCGACCGGAUGGACCGUGGAGAGUUCCCUAUUCCUAGCAGCGCAAGUGCACCUGGGACGCCUUUCCGUGGUCCUUCGACGCCUAUGCGUAAUGGCACGCCCGACUUCUUGAGCUCUGGCAUGGCUGGUCUCAGUCCGACUGUCGCCAUUGCAAGCAGAGUACAGAAGAGCGGGAAGACGUUUACGGAGGUCUAUGCAGACUACGUGAAGUUGCAGGAAGAGUACACGAAGCAGUCCAUAGAGUACGAACGCAUGGACAGUACUUUGUCUGCAGUUCUUGCUCAGAUCGAGGAGAGGGCACCUCUCCUUGCGCAACAACGCGAAGAGUAUGAACGUAUUCAAUCAGAGGCGACCUUCCUCGCAGACGAACUCAAGAAAGCCAUCGAUGCUCGCGAUUCACUGGAGAAGUCAAGUCGUGAUUCCGAGCAGAAGCUUGUCAAGAGUGUUCGUGAGAACGAGUUCCUCAACAAGCAGCUCAGCGACCUCGGUCGACAAGUGCAAACGCUUCUUCGUGAGCUGGGACGUGCCCAAGACCCCUCGAUACCCUCAGACGACAUCCUCGAGCAAAUGACCCAGCCUGCGGAGAACAUCGAAGCAGUUAUCACCAACAAUCUCGUCCUCUUCCGAUCUAUCCCUGAGCUUCAGGAACAGAACCAGAAGUUGCUCAAGAUUGUGCGGGAACUUGGUGCUAAGUUGGAGGCUGAGGAGAAGGAGUACCGCGCGGAACUAGAAAAGGAGCAAAGCGAGGCCAUCCAGGAGGCCCAUCAGGCCAUUAAGCUCUUGCAAGAACAACUUCAAAGCCAGAAGAAGAGCGCUGACAUAACUAUCCAAACUUACAUGAAGGAGCGCGAUGCACUCAAGAGCACCUUAGCGAAGGAGCGGUCGAUGGGUGGUCAGCCCCGAGGCGUAAAUGGAGUCAACGGGCGUGGUCCUACUGCAACUGCUGUGGCUGAGGAACCCUCUGAGAUCCAGAAUCAAUUCGAUGCAUACAAGACUGAGAUGGGUGAGGAUGCUGGUCGCCUUAUGGACGAGGUCCUCAAUUCCCAACGUGAAGCGGGUGAACUUGGUGCUUCUCUCGCCAAAGCGAAUGCAAAGAUUGAGUUCCUCAAUGACCGCAAUCGGAUGUUGCAAGAGCAGAUCGUCAUGCAAUCCCGCGAGUUGGAGAGCCAGGGCCGACGGAACCAGGAACUCUACGAUCAAUACACUCGUGUUGAUAUCGAGUGCAACAGGGUUUCUGAGGAUCUCCUUUCGUCUAAGAGUUUCGCUGAACAGCUCCGUAACGAGUGUGCUAACCUUCGGGCUGAGAAGCGUAUUUGGGAGAGCGUACAAGCUCGUCUUGUCGAGGAAAACAGGACCUUGAAUGUGGAGCGCUCUCAGCUUUCCGAUCUCAUGGCCAAUGUUCAACGUAUGCAUGGUGACCUUGAGCGUUCUGGCGAGAAUGACAGACGCAGGUUGGAGAGUCAAAUUCAGAUGCUCGAGACUCAGACGCAAGACUUGCGAACGCAGUUGAGUCAAGAACGCGAUGCAAUCCGUCAUUUGGCACUUCAGAAGGACCUCGAGCUCAAGGAGUUGCGCACUCGUCUUGACAAGACCACUCAAGCGUAUUCCGAAACUCGUGAAGCCCUCGCGCGUGCUGAGACCAGCAAGAAGCAUCUCGAGGAGCAGGUAGAGCAAUUGUCAAGGCAAUUGCAAGGCAACGAAGAGAAGUUAGCUGUCUAUGAACGUCGUGCUACCGGAGCUGCCGAUGUCACCCAACCGACCGACCAGGGUCUCAGUCGUGAACAACAACUUGAGGCUGAGGUCGCUGAGCUGCGAUCUGCGCUCAAGGUGGCAGAGGUCGAUCUGGCCACCGCCAGGAGCCAUGUACAGCAGUUCCAGGAGAUCAGUCAAGCCAAUGAAGCUGCGCUCGCUUCUCUCAACUCUACGUAUGAUGAGUACAAGGCUACGACUGAAUCUCAGCUUGCGAUGCGUGAGUCAGAGUUCCACUCUCUGGAGGAGAAGCUUGCUGCUGCCCAGCAAGAGAUCGCUCAACUUUCGGAAAAGCAUUCCGAGUUGCAGCGCACCUUGGAGUCUGAAAGGAAUGCUUGGGCCAAUGACAAGCGGACUCUUGAAGGGGCUAUCUUUGACUUGACGACCUCAGAACGGAGCACUGAAAGUGACCGUGCUUCUCGCGAAGACGCCAUUCAUCAACAAGAAGAGAGGGCCAAGGCUGCUGAAGAGAAGUACUCGCGCGAGGUUAUCGCACAUGCUGAGUCUAUGAAACUCGUUGAGCAUCUCAAGUCUCAGCUUUCGAAAGCGCAGGCUUCCGCCAGAGACAAAAUGUCUGCUGUUGAGACUGCUCAGGCCAAGCUUGUUACAUCUGAGGCUAGCUGGAAGCAGCAGAGGGAGGCACUUGACAAGGAGAUGGCGGACUUGAAUGCUAGAUGCAAAGAUCUGGCUGCUCAGAACAAUCUACUUCACCAACACCUUGAGUCAGUCACCUCACAAGCGGCCAGGAUUCGACAGGCUGCGGAUUCCGAUGUCGCUGCUUCUGGUGAAAUGGAGAUAUCUGAAGAUACGGACACUAAGCUUUCGGAAUUGCGGUCCGUUGUUUCGUACUUGCGCAAGGAGAAGGAGAUCGUCGAGCUUCAGCUUGAGUUGAGCAAGCAGGAAAACACCCGGUUCAAGACUCAGAUUGAACACCUGGCACACACUCUGGAGGAAACUCAGAAGACUCUAUCCGAGGAACGUGAGAGAGCUGUGGAGGCAGCGGCUUCGGAAGCUCAACAUGCCGAGUUGGUGGAACGAAUCCAACAGCUCAAUAUUCUGCGAGAGAGCAAUGCAACUCUCCGUGCGGAUUGUGAAGCGAACGCGAAACGAGCUCGACAAUUGGAGACUAAGCUAGAGCAGCUCUCGGCUGAGCUUGAACCAGUGAAAGAGGAAUUGCGCGUAACGAAGGCAGAACUCGAGGCUCGUAAUCAACAAGUCAAACGCUUGGAAGAGGAGAGCCGGAGAUGGCAAGAGCGGAAUACUCAGCUCCUGACCAAGUAUGAUCGUAUCGAUCCCGCCGAAGUCCAGUCCUUGAAGGAGCAGAUUGAACAACUCACUCAACUGAAGGACAAGUUUGAAAAGAAGUCAUCCGAGUUGGGAAGCCAGAUCAACAAAAACAACCAGAUAUUCAGAAACAAGCUCAGAGCCGUUGAGGCCGAGAAGAAUGACCUCGAUCAGUCCGUCAAGAGACUAGAAGGGGAGAUUCAAGCUGUAACUGCUGAACGGGAUUCCUUGAAGGUCCAAACGGCUGGGGAAUCUGCACGUCUUUCGCGAGAGGCGGAGUUGGACAAGCAAAUUCAGACUCUUCGGGUCCAGAAGGCUGAACUCGAAAAGGCUUUAGCUGAUGAGCGCGCUGCAAAAGUGGUCGCUCCUUCUGCCAUUGGCGAGCAGUCGAAAUUGAUUGCUCAGCUCACCGAAGAACGCGACAAGCUUCAAGCGGAGAAGGCAAGCUGGGUUACUCCUGCAGUUUCCACGGAGGAGAUACGGCGUCAAUGGGAGGCCGAGAGAUCAGAGCUGGUGAAAGCACGAGACGAAGCUCUCGCUCAGGCCCAGGCCGCCAGAAGUCAGGCGGAAGAGGUCAACAAGAUCAAGAAAAUUAACGCGGAUCUCUCUGCCAGAAUACACAGUCUGACUCAAGCGAGGGCGGCCGAUCGUGAACGCGCCAUGCAGGCUAGGCAAGCUGCUGUUGCGGAAGCUGUAGAAAAAGUGAAACAGGAAAUACAGACGACUGUUCCGACGGAGCCAGAAGACGCCGCCAAACGGCAUGCAGAAGAGCUGCGGGCACUGGAGGAGAGAUUGACCAAGCAGCGUCACGAAGAACUCGCAAAGACUGCGGAAGCAGCAAAGCAGUUACAGCCAGCCGGUUUGUCCGAUGAGGCACAAAAAGCUGCCAUUGACGCUGCUGUCGCUGCACGAGAGAAGGAGCUCAAGGAAGCGCACGAGGUUGAAGUUACUGCAGCUGUGGAACGGGGAAGAAUGGAAGUCGCCGCAAAAAGCAAGCUCAAGGACGCACAGCUAGUCAGGGCCCAGAAUCGUCUAAAGGAGCUAGAGGGCAAGGUCGCGGAGUGGCGCCAGCAAGGCCUCAUCCCUGAGGAACCUGCUGCAUCGACCGCAACGCCAACAGUGAAGACCACGGCCCCCGCCAAAGCAACAGCGGCUGGCGCGAAGCCUACACCUCCCGCUCGCCCUGCUCCUGCGGUCGCCGGACCAUCGAGCACCCUUCCAAGGAAGCCAGUCACUGCAGUACCCACAACUCGAGGUCGCGGAGGAGCUCCAGCGGCCAGGGGAGCUGGUCGUAGCCAUGCUCCUGCCGUAGGACUGAGUAUCCGUGGAUCCGCGCAUGCAGGAGAAGCACAGUCUCCUGCUGAAUCGACCGCUAGCAUGUCAAUCAUGGGAGCCAGUAAGCGUGCCAGGGAGGACGGUGACGGCGCAGCCGACGAUUCUCUAGCCAAACGAAUUAAACCAGCUGAUGGCGCAGGCAAGCCUGCACCACCCGUAGCUUUACGUCGCGAUCGAGUGACUGGUCCUUCAUGAUACCGAGUUUCGACCUUCUUGUUUUGUUCUGCUCGCACUGAUCUGUAUUUCUAUGUAUGCAUUCAUCGGACUCUUUAUAGUUAGAUUGUAUUUGUCAUAUAAUUCAUAGUAUUGGUCACAGACCAAAAAGAUCAUUGCAUUUUACGUCAGCAUGAAGACAGCAUGGUCAGUAGCUACGAAAGAGCUUGAAAUGAGAACAUGAAAACAUUCAACGAGAUCGUGAUGACGACGUCAGCAAACCAAAGAGAUAACACAAAGGAUGAAGUGAGAUAGCAAACAGGAGAGCAAAUGAUGUAGACACUGAAUUGCGAAGGGAAAGGAAGUGAUGUUUGAAGACGAAUGAAACCAGAAUAGCAGAAGGUACGGUACGAAUGCGGGGGAAAACCAGGAGAACGCGAGAGUAAUAGGGUAGACAAGUCCAUUCAGACAAACGAGCGACGGUGAGCACGAAACGAGAAAGAAAGGGAGGUCAGAAGAUGGGACACUGGCAGUGAAGAUCACCGUUUCCCAUUGACAAUCGUCCUGAGGGCACGUCGAACGAUGCUAACACUAUGCGCCCCGUCGGCU